UCAUGGAGGGGAAUUGUGGGAUCGUGGCCUCUCUUGAUUGUGAUGAAUCAGAAAUUGAGAACAAAGGUGACCAUGAUAAAAUCCCCAGAGAGGAGAAGCCACGUAAAAAUUUGAAGUGUGGAGAAAUCUGCAGCCAGGGCCCCCAUUCCACUUCCCAUCAACAAAAUCUCAUUGGAAAGAAACUCUAUCAGUGCAUAGAAUGUGGAAAGCGUUUCACUGAUAGCUCCACUCUCACUAAGCAUAAGAGAAUACAUACAGGGGAGAAACCAUAUCAGUGUGUGGAAUGUGGAAAGAACUUCAGUUUGAGCUCCUCUCUCACUUCCCAUCAAAGAAUUCAUACAGGGGAGAAACCAUAUCAGUGUGUGGAAUGUGGAAAGAGCUUCAGUAAGAGCUCCACUCUCACUUGCCAUCAGAGAAUUCAUACAGGGGAGAAACCCUAUCAGUGCAUGGAAUGUGGAAAGAGCUUCAGGAAGAAGGACAGUCUCACUUCCCAUCAAAGAAUUCACAUAGGGGAGAAACCCUAUCAGUGCAUUGAAUGUGGAAAGAGUUUCACUGUUAGCUCCUCUCUCACUAAGCAUCAGAGAAUUCAUACAGGGGAUAAACCAUAUCAGUGCGUGGAAUGUGGAAGGAGCUUCAGUCAGAGCUCCUCUCUCACUUCCCAUCAAAGAAGUCAUACAGGGGAGAAACCCUAUCAGUGCGUGGAAUGUGGAAAGAGCUUCACUGAUAGCUCCUCUCUCACUAAGCAUCAAAGAAUUCAUAGAGUGGAGAAACAAUAUCAGUGCGUGGAAUGUGGAAAGAGCUUCACUGAUAGCUCCUCUCUCACUAAGCAUCAAAGAAUUCAUACAGGGGAGAAACCAUAUCAGUGCGUGGAAUGUGGAAAGAGCUUCAGUCAGAGCUCCUCUCUCACUUCCCAUCAAAGAAUUCAUACAGGGGAGAAACCCUAUCAGUGCAUGGAAUGUGGAAAGAGCUUCACUGGUAGCUCCUCUCUCAUUAAGCAUCAAAGAAUUCAUACAGGGGAGAAACCAUAUCAGUGUGUGGAAUGUGGAAAGAACUUCAGUUUGAGCUCUACUCUCACUUCCCAUCAAAGAAUUCAUACAGGGGAGAAACCCUAUCAGUGUGUGGAAUGUGGAAAGAGCUUCAGUAAGAGCUGCUAUCUCACUUCCCAUGUGACAAUUCAUACAGGGGCGAAACCCUAUCAGUGCUUCGAAUGUGGAAAGAGCUUCAGUCAGAGCUCCAAACUCACUUCCCAUCAAAGAAUUCAUACAGGGGAGAAACCCUAUCAGUGCAUGGAAUGUGGAAAGAGCUUCAGUGAGAACUCCAAUCUCACUUCCCAUCAAAGAAUGCAUACAGGGGAGAAACCCUAUCAGUGCUUUGAAUGUGGAAAGAGGUUCAGUCACAGCAACAAACUUACUUCCCACCAAAGAAUUCAUACAGGGGAGAAACCCUAUCAGUGUGUGGAAUGUGGAAGGAGCUUCCGUGUAAGCUCCUCUCUCAAUAAGCAUCAGAGAAUUCAUACAGGGGUGAAACCCUAUCAGUGCGUGGAAUGUGGGAAGAGCUUCAGUCAGAGCUCCAAUCUCACUUCCCAUCAAAGAAUCCAUACAAAGAAACUCUAUCAGUGCAUAGAAUGUGGAAAGAGCUUUAGUCAGAGCUCCUCUCUCACUUCCCAUCAAAGAAUUCAUACAGGGGAGAAACCAUAUCAGUGUGUGGAAUGUGGAAAGAGCUUCAGUAAGAGCUCCACUCUCACUUCCCAUCAGAGAAUUCAUACAGGGGAGAAACCUUAUCAGUGCAUGGAAUGUGGAAAGAGCUUCAGGAAGAAGGACAGUCUCACUUCCCAUCAAAGAAUUCACACAGGGGAGAAACCCUAUCAGUGCGUGGAAUGUGGAAAUAGCUUCAGUAAGAACUCCUCUCUCACUUCCCAUCAGAGAAUUCAUACAGGGGAGAAACCCUAUCACUGUGUGGAAUGUGGAAAGAGCUUCAGUACGAGCUCCACUCUCACUUCCCAUCAAAGAAUUCAUACAGGGGAGAAACCAUAUCAGUGUGUGGAAUGUGGAAAGAGCUUCAGUACGAGCUCCGAUCUCACUAAGCAUCAGAGAAUUCAUACAGGGGAGAAACCCUAUCAGUGUGUUGAAUGUGGAAAGAGCUUCCGAAUGAGCUCCUCUCUCACUAAGCAUCAGAGAAUUCAUACAGGGGAGAAACCCUAUCAGUGUAUGAAAUGUGGAAAGAGCUUCAGAAUGAGCUCCUCUCUCACUAAGCAUCAGAGAAUUCAUACAGGGGAGAAACCCUAUCAGUGUGUUGAAUGUGGAAAGAGCUUCCGAAUGAGCUCCUCUCUCACUAAGCAUCAGAGAAUUCAUACAGGGGAGAAACCCUAUCAGUGUGUUGAAUGUGGAAAGAGCUUCCGAAUGAGCUCCUCUCUCACUAAGCAUCAGAGAAUUCAUACAGGGGAGAAACCCUAUCAGUGUGUGGAAUGUGGAAAGAGCUUCAGUCACAGCUACAGUCUCACUUCCCAUCAAAGAAUUCAUACAGGGGAGAAACCCUAUGUUUGUGUGCAAUGUGAAAAAAGUUUCACUGAUAGCUCCAGUCUCACUUCCCAUCAGAGAAUUCAUACAGGUGAGAAACCAUAUCAGUGUGUGGAAUGUGGAAAGAGCUUCAGUCAGAGCUCCCAUCUCACUUCCCAUCAUAGAAUUCAUACAGGGGAGAAACCAUAUCAGUGUGUGGAAUGUGAAGGGAGCUUUAGUACGAAGGACAGUCUCACUUCCCAUCAAAGAUAUCAUACAGGGGAGAAACCCUAUCAGUGUGUGGAAUGUGGAAAGAGCUUCAGUACGAGCUCCAAUCUCAAUUUCCAUCAAAGAAUUCAUACAGGAGAGAAACCAUAUUGGUGUGUGGAAUGUGGAAAGAGCUUCAGUACGAGCUCCAAUCUCACUUCCCAUCAAAGAAUUCAUACAGGGGAGAAACCCUAUCAUUGUGUGGAAUGUGGAAAGAGCUUCAGUCACAGCUCCAAUUUCACUUCCCAUCAAAGAAUUCAUACAGGGGAGAAACCCUAUCAUUGCUUUGAAUGUGGUACCAGCUUCACUGAGAGGUCCUCUCUCACUUCUCAUCAAAGAAUUCAUACAGGGGAGAGACCCUAUCAGUGUGUGGAAUGUGGAAAGAGUUUCACUUAUAGCUCCUCUCUCACUAAGCAUCAGAGAAUUCAUACAGGAGAGAAACCAUAUCAGUGUGUGAAAUGUGGAAAGAACUUUAGUAAGAGCUCCUCUCUCACUUCCCAUCAAAGAAUUCAUACAGGGGAGAAACCCUAUCAAUGUGAGGAAUGUGGAAAGAGUUUCACUGAUAGCUACUCUCUUAAUACCCAUCAAAGAAUUCAUACAGGGGAGAAACCUUUUCAGUGUGUGGAAUGUGGAAAGAGCUUCAGUCGCGGCCACAGUCUCACUUUCCAUCAACGAAUUCAUACAGGGGAGAAACCCUAUCAGUGUGUGGAAUGUGGUAAAAGCUUCAGUAGGAAAGACAGUCUCACUUUCCAUCAAAGAAUUCAUACAGGGGAGAAACCUUAUCGGUGUGUGGAAUGUGGAAAGAGCUUCAGAAGGAGCUCCCACCUCACUGACCAUCAAAAAAUCCAUACAAAGGAGAAGCCACUUAAAAAUUUGGAGUAUGGAGAAAGCUGCAGUCAGAGCUCCCAUCUUACUUCCCAUCAAAGAAUUCAUACAGGGGAGAAACCAUAUCAGUGUGUGGAAUGUGGAAAGAGCUUCAGUCAGAGCUCCCAUCUCACUUCCCAUCAAAGAAUUCAUACAGGGGAGAAACAAUAUCAGUGUGUGGAAUGUGGAAAGAGCUUCAGUCAGAGCUCCUCUCUCACUUCCCAUCAACGAAUUCAUACAGGGGAGAAACCCUAUCAGUGUGUGGAAUGUGGAAAAAGCUUCAGUACGAACUCCGGUCUCACUUCCCAUCAGAGAAUUCAUACAGGGGAGAAACCCUAUCAGUGUGUGGAAUGUGGAAAAAGCUUCAGUUGGAGCACCGAUCUCACUUCCCAUCAGAGAAUUCAUACAGGGGAGAAACCAUAUCUGUGUGUGCAAUGUGGAAAAACAUUCAGGAAGAGCUUCGAUCUCACUUCCCAUCAAAGAAUUCAUACAGGGGAGAAACCGUAUCAGUGUGUGGAAUGUGGAAAGAGCUUCAGUCAGAGUCACCAUCUCACUUCCCACCAAAGAAUUCAUACAGGGGAGAAACCCUAUCACUGUGUGGAAUGUGGAAAGAGCUUCAGUCACAGCCACAGUCUCGCUUCCCAUCAAAUAAUUCAUACAGGGGAGAAGCCAUAUCAGUGUGUGGAAUGUGGAAAGAGCUUCAGUCAGAGCCACAGUCUUACUUACCAUCAAAGAAUUCAUACAGGGGAGAAACCCUAUCAGUGUGUGGAAUGUGGAAAGAGCUUCACUGAUAGCUCCUCUCUCACUUCCCAUCAAAGAAUUCAUACAGGGAAGAAACCAUAUCAGUGUGUGGAAUGUGGAAAGAGCUUCAGUCACAGCCACAAUCUCACUUCCCAUCAAAGAAUUCAUACAGGGGAAAAACCCUAUCAGUGCGUGGAAUGUGGAAAGAGCUUCAGUCAGAGCUCCUCUCUCACCUCCCAUCAAAGAAUUCAUACAGGGGAGAAACCAUAUCAGUGUGUGGAAUGUGGAAAGAGCUUCACUGAUAGUUCCAAACUCACCUCCCAUAAAAUAAUCCAUACAAAGGUUGGAAAAAUCAUCAUACAGCUUUAGGAGCCAGGCAAAUCCGCACCUUAUUAACCAGGCCUUUGGCUGAUUGACAUCUAAUGCCA